CCAACCUGUUUCAUUCCAUCAUCCAUCUCAGUGUCCUUUUUUCCAGUGCCGACCUCCCAUUCUAAUUACUAUAAUUACCUCGCCUAUCCAUCCCAUUCCCCUGGCGCAUCCACUUCUAAGGGCCUUACACGACAGUGGGAGUAAAAAGAAAGAGAAGACCCCACGCGUCUGAGCGGAGUAGACCACCAGCCAGCAGCCACCUCACCUUUCUCCUCCUGUAGCUCCAUUUCUCCCAUUUGGCUCGUCAGGUUCCCCUGGAUUAGAUUGGAUUGGACAAACCAACUCGGGCUUUUGGGACUUUUCGGCUGCAUCAAUCUUCACCUCAAACCCUACAUCAUCAUCCAUUCAUCAACAAACUCCAUUCGUCGCUCUCUCGCAAAUCUUUCUCGCUCGCUCACUCUCUCCUUUUGCUUUAUCACACCGCUCUACUUUAAUCGCUAGACCAGGCUCAGGCACUUUCAUUGUGGCUCUUCACCUUGUCUUCCCGUCGCAACCAAACCCCUAGCAACCAACGCUCGUUCACCCUUUUUCGCCGUUCUUCGGGUUUUAAGCCCCUACUGCCGCCACAAUGGCAAACACUUUCGGUGCGACCAUCAGGUCUUUCUGGCAUACUAUGACUAGUUAUGACAGACAUUCUUCAUUUGACUCCCCAUAUCGAACCGGUCGACAUGUCCCCCUACAGAAUGGUCGAGGUGGUAUUAUGACUGGCGUAGCAACAGCCUCCGAUUCUCGAAACGAUGUCUCAUCUCCCUACUCCGACGAAACCGGCCGGGCUUCUCCUCUCCAACCCGACGGCUCUACUUUCGCUCCAACAAGCGCCCCCUAUUCACCUGGCCUGAGAUCAAUGAGCGCGCGAAACGCCAGCCAGGGCGAUGGCUUCGAGGUGCAGAGCCCCGGCGAUGUCCCAAUGCAAAACUUUGCCGACGGCCUCCCCCCUGCCCCGCCAGUUGCCCAUUCCUGGAGGCGUAUAGACGCCUGGGCAGAUGAAAACUAUCCAGAGCUCUACGACCAGCUAUGUGAAGGUGCUACCAACAAUGACCUGAACGACCUGGAGCAUCAGCUUGACUGCUCUCUUCCUCAAGACGUCCGCGACUCGCUUAUGGUUCACGAUGGUCAAGAACGAGGAGGAAUGCCCACCGGAAUUAUUUUUAGCCACAUGUUGCUGGACUGCGAAGAGAUCGUCCAGGAAUGGGAUAACUGGAGGACCGUCAAUCACCAGUAUUUGCUCGAAACAUCUAUCAACAAGCCCUCUACCCCUUCCAAGGCUUUCGGCGGUAGCAAUGAGGCUUCCUCCUCUAAGCAAGGCGCCGCAGCUGGCGGCAGCCCCGGUCCUUGGAGACAAGAUCUGCUCUCUCGCCAGGACUGCGUGCCCCCCAAUGCUGUUCAAAAGGCAUAUGCUCAUAGCUCAUGGAUCCCCCUCGUCCGCGACUGGGGUGGCAACAACUUGGCUGUCGAUCUGGCUCCUGGCCCUGGUGGCCAGUGGGGUCAGAUCAUUCUGUUUGGUCGUGACUACGAUACUAAAUACGUUGUCGCGCGCUCCUGGGCUGCGUUCCUGGCUGUUGUCGCGGAUGAUCUCAACAGUGGCAAGUGGUAUGUGGAUGAGGAAACCAACGAAUUGAAGCUCCGAGAGUUCAAAGAGACAAGAGUUGAGCCAUCGUACUUCAGCAUCCUGCGGUGGAGAAUGGAUCAGAAAUACGGAAGAAGGGCAGCUUCAAACCGAAGGUCAAUGGGGCCCAAGCCUAAUUCUCCUCUUGGCUCGCGUUCUUCUUCGCCUUAUGGUAGUGGUGGUGAGAAUGGUGAGCCCCGGGGCCGAUCUAUGCAACGACUCAGUGGAUCAUCUCCUUUGGCCAGCCCCCGGCCAGGCGCAGGAUACGGGAAGGCGACACCUUUGAGUAAAGUCACAGAGGAGACAACAAUUCCAGAGCUGGCCGACGCAUAUAUUCAGCCUGAGAAGCUUGUAGAGGUUGAAAGUCCCCGGCAAAGCCAGGACAGCAAACUUCCGAAAGUGACAACCAGCAUUCCCCGAGUGGAAUCCGACCUCCUCAAGGUGGAAGAAGAACCAUCUCCCAAGGCGAAUGGCAAGAAACCCGAGGUGGUGGACGAAUCGAUGAAGACAAUCGAGAUUUAAGCACUAAACAAUGGACAUUGUAUUUUGCAAUAGACGAAAGCACGGGGACUGGCAUAGGGGCAAUGAUUGCAUGAGACUCGUUAUUUUUUACCAACUUCUGGCCUGAGCUUCAUGCGGAGCGACGCACCGGGAUGGUACACACAGAUUUGGCGUUAAAGGCGUCGUGAGAAAUACGCAAGAUUCCAUGAUCCUUUCUACGAGAGGCGAACUUUUUAUUAUUGAUUUUCUUCUUUCUGUACUCCUCAGCUGGAAUAUCUCUGGGAGGAACGCAGAAACAGCAUACAAGCCUUAGUAUACUAUGAUAGCUUUGCUUAUUACUCAAGGGCGAGAUGUGGAUAGGUGAUCGUUGGGGAUAGUCAGUUGUGGUUAUACUGCAGCUCGAUGCCUCGCAUUGUCAUAGGAUGGAUGGUAAUCAUUGUAUGAAUAAGAAUUCACGUUUCCAUUUACCUUUAAAUAUCUCAAAUUUUGUUAACUGUGGUGAAAGAUCCGUCAUUAAUAUGACAGGCAAUGCUAGGAUAAAUCAUUUGGG